UUGGAUUAUUCAGGAUUUGACCAUGGAUCUACAGUCGCCGUCGGUGCUGGCUCAAUUGCCUCGCCCCCUGCACGCCUCCAAGGGGAAAACUCAGAUCGGAGAGGUCUACAGUCUGGCCGAGUCGAAAAAGCGCAAGCGGUAUGAAGUCGCGGUCGCAGUGGACGGUGAAGCCGUCAAUAUUUACAAUAUUCAAACGCCGAAACUAGUCACAUCCUACGCCGUGCCGCCCAAAUCUUCAUUCUCCUGCCAGCCGUGCUCGGUGCGCAGAAAGGUCCCCAAUAAGUCCGCCACCAAACGCCAGACGUAUGUCGCCGUGAACCCGCAACGGCAGAUCAAGUCGUUUGUGGAGGAAGGGGGCGCCCCCGGGUCAACGGCGCCGACCAUUACGUCGUCGUCGUUCGACGUGAAGGAUUCGAAGAGUCCCACGAUGUUUGUCGGGAUCGUCCCCACGGCGGCGGGCGAGAAGGAAGAUCCGUUUGAUAUCCUCGCCGUACACAAGGACGGUCGGGUGAGGCGGCUGGCAGCCGAUCUCGGCUCGCAGCGGUGGAGCAUCCAACACAGCGCGAUCGCAAAACAGGCGGCGACACAUCCGGUCCAGGCCAGCUUCCUGGUGGAAUUCGACGAUGCGAAGCGGUCGCUGCUCAAGCGGCGGCAGGACCUGGCGUCGCUCGCCAUGGGAGACCUCGUCGGAAGCGGGGUCGACGAGCCGAUGGUGCUGCUCCUCGUCACACACCCGGCGGGUGCGGCGCAGAUGAAACUCGGGGACGUCCAGGUGCACAUGUUCUCGGUCCCGACGGCGGUCCCGUCGCAGGGAUCCCUGGACGAGAGCCAGAAGCUGCGCCACUUGCUCACGGCGAGCCUCCCCGACGUGGAGGGCCUGUCGCCGCUCGGCAGUGAGGGCCCCGACUGGGACUUCCACGCGGGGUCGGCGGGGCUCAACCUGUCGUUCGCCAAGGGGUUCGUCAACUUCGACAUCUCGCAGUACACGCCGACCGUGACGACCAAGUUCAUCCUGGAAGAUGAGGAGUUUUCGUCCUUGAUGCGUCUGUCGCCGCAGUCGGUCAUCGGCGCGGGCAAGUCGACCAUCGCCAUCUACGACACGCAAUACCAGUCCAUCCAACGGAGCAUCUCGACGGACGACCUCCGCUCCGCAGACAGCGGGCGCACGACCUUCAUCGGCUACUACGCUAAGCUGGGCAUCGCGGUCGCCACCCGCGGCAACACGCUGCUCGCCUUCGACCUCAGCUCGUCGCAGAUCCCGUCCGGGUCGUCCCUCAAGCGGCCGCGCGACGGCCUCCUCAUCGACGCGAUCGGGCGCGGCAUCGGUUCGCCGGCCACGCAGUGGCAGGUCUCCAAGAAGCACCGCACCGAGGACCUCCGCUGGCUGUGCCUGCCGCCCGACCAAGCCGACCAAUGGAACAAACUGACGCAGGAACUGCGCCAAGCAGCGCAGGCCCACGACGCAGCGGCCUUCGACCGCGCCGUGGUGGGCUACUUCGGAGACGACUCGGUCCUCCCUUCGCCCCCGCAAUACGUCAACCCAGAGCUGACGCUCUUCCUCGUCUCGCUGCUCUUCUCGCUCCGCGACGGCGAGCCCCCAGCCCUGGCAGUCGACCUGUGGCCCGCACAGACCACCCAGUGGCUCAUCGCCCUCGGCCACCUGUCGCAAGACAACGUAGCGAUGGCGCUGCGCCGGGCGCUGAAACCGCGCAUUCUGCCCGCCCUGCCCGCCGGCUCCUUCGUGCACGCGCUGAUCGCGUCGGACUCGUCCUCCUCCUCCUCCCCCUCCCUGCGCCGACUGAUCGACGUCCUCCAGGGCCCGAUCGUCUUCCCAGCCGACGAGCUCGCCCACGCGCUGAAGACGGUCCUCAACCUAGCGCGGUCACGGCCGCUAUCCGACGAGGACACCGAGGAGGAGUCCCGCUCCGUGCGGGCCAUCUUCGAAGCCCUCAACACCACCCUCCAGAACCUCCACUGCCACCCGUCGGCCGCGCGGACCGGCGCCCUGCGCACGACGCUCUCCCGGGCGGACCUCCUCGCCAUGAUCCACCACCUGCGCAUCUCGCUCGCGACCGGCGGCUACACGACGCGGUUCAGCGAGGCGCCGCCCACGCCGCUGACCGCGGGGCAGACGACGCCGGCGCUGAGCCUGUCGGCGAUCACGGACCUGCUGAACGCGGCGGUGGACGCGAUCGGCCCGUCGGGGUGGAUCUCGGCGGUGGACGACGACGCGGGGGUGUCGUCGGCCGCGGCGGAGGUGGAUCUCAUCGCGGAUCUGAAGUCGGAGAUCUCGGCGGCGCUGGCGGGCGUGGAGGAGGCGUCUUACCUGUCGGGGAUCCUGCGGCCUUAUCUGCGCUUUGCGGAGAGCGUGCGCCAGACGAAGACCUCGCCCGCUGGUGGCGCUGGUGAUGCGGCUGCGUCGUCGGCGGCGGCGGCGGCGGCGGCGGCGCUGGUGCGGCACGACACGCUGAACGGGGCGCAGCUGAUGGUGUUCGAGACGGGGGUGAACGGGGAGGAGGGCGAGGGGGCGGGGCGGAUGCUCCCGCUGUCGCAGAAGGCGGCGUCGACGGAGGUGAGCCGGACGAAGGUGGAGCGGUCGACGGGCGAGGUGCGGACGCGCAGCAAUCGCGAGAUGGGAUAUCUGCGGCGGAAGGCGGCGGGGAAGUAUUCGUUCGAGCGGUUGGUCGUGUAG